AUGGCGAACGUAAUGCCUCUUUUGUUUUUGUGUUUAGUUGCGACUGCGCUAGCAUCCGGUGAUACAGCGAAAGUUUGUCCCGAAAAUGAGGUCUUUGUGGAGUGCAAGUUGGCAACGUGCUGGAAGACAUGCCAAGAGCUCAAAAAUAGAGGACCCUGCCCGUCUAUAGCAGCUGGAUGCGUGGAUCCUGGUUGUGUCUGCAUCAGCGACUAUCUCCGAAAUGAUGAAGGCAUUUGUGUAAAAUAUGAAGAAUGCUGUGAGUAUUCUAGAAGUUUGGUGACCUUUGACCUUGAUACUUAA